AUGGUCGACAUCGUCGGCGAGCGCGCCGUCGAUCCGGAUGCGCAAGCGGCAGUGACAGACUUCCUCGACUACACAGAAUACCUUCCAUCUGACCUCAUUCGUUCCUUGAGGCUCAUUCAAGGUCUCGACGACGAAUACAACAAGCAUGCAGACAGUCUGCAUGACCUCACCAGACUUUAUGGCUCGUUGCCGAGUGUCGAGCCUACUAUGCGACCCGAUGCAGCAGUUCUAAGGCGUCAAAUUAUCGGCACUCUCGACUCAGCACUCGAUGCCCGUGAAUCUGCUGCUGCUGAAGCAAGCCGCCUGUUUGACGUCGCAGACCGUCAUCAGAACAGACUCAAGAGCAUCAUUGCAAAGCUGAAUGCUAUUCCCAAACCGCCCUCGCGCGAUCCUACUCCGCAGCCUCCAACGUCGAACAAGAAGAUAUCAAAAUCAGGCAGAGAGAUCAAACCAGCCACAACUAGAUUGACCCUGAAUCCACCCCGUAGCGGCAAUGGCCUGCUCGGACGACCGCGAGGCAGACGAGUCACCGUACCUGGCGAAGUCCUACCACCUUACGAUCCAGAUGAGGCCAUAGCAAGCACGGAAGUCUCAGACUGGGAGUCUCCUCCCCCACCCUCACCUCCGAGACCGAUGCUCAAACUCAAGCAGCCAAAGUUGCUCAAGGAUCGAGACCGGUCUGACCCAAUUGAAAGAGUAGCGAGAGCAUCUAGAGAAGGCUCCACAUUCAAGAAGCCCACCCCUCCGCCAGAAGAUGCUGAGCCUGGAAGCAAGUGGAAGCCAUGGACACAUUUGACCGAGUACGAGAUGUACAAGCUCCGCAAGAAGAUGAAGAAGAACAAUACUUGGGAUCCAAGUCCAGUCAUGAUUCGCCGCGAGCUCGAGUCUAGAGGACGCGGAUGGGAGAACUACUUCCGUGCAAAAGAGACCGCAGAAGCCAACGGAACACCCUUCAAUUACAUCGAAGGUCCCAAACAACCAAAGGUUGAGAAGCCAGAGGCUGAAAGCCCUGUCAUCACCGUCGCAUCCGAAGCCAAGCCAAAGUCUACUACGAAGGCCGACAAGAAGAAGAAGGAGAAGUCUGUCCCCGUUCCUGCUCGCACAGAGGCUGCAAAGGCAGCUCAGGAAACAGAGUUGGCUGCUCGGCGUCUAGGGAACAUGGGCUCUCUGUUUAAGGACAUAUUUAGCCCUCUCCAGACCGCUUUCGCCCACAUCGGCAGGAGUGCAAGCUCGCCUACUGUCCCCACGACCACAACAACGAGGAAGCAAGCUGACAAAACAUCCAAGAAGCGGAAACUAGACGAAGCAGGCGUGUCUGCAUCGCCAUCAGCGGAACCAGAUCAGAGGAAGCGACAGAAGACUGCACCAGCCAAGCCAUCGCCGCUCCUCCCCGCUGCGCAGCCAACUGAACCUCGACCAAGUGCAGGCACCAUCAAGAUCCCAUUGAACCUCAACGUCGCUCCCCUCGAAUCGUCCUCGACCGAGUCAUCUGACGAAGCUUCGAGCGAGGAGACAUCUUCUCAGGCGAACAGCACGGCAGAAGCGUCUGUGGCUCCCAAAAUGGAACAAUCUACGCCACCUCCUCCUGUAACGUCGAGACCUGUGUCGCGUAAGUCGACGGCACCUCCUGCAGAACGCGGUGAGAGCAUGGCUGUCCCAGUCGCCGCUACUCGAGCCUCCAGUAGAAUUGCUUCGGCAACGCCAGCGGCGCCCGACCGACGUACGCCAUCCAUCUCGUUGCGUAUGACUCCAGCAGCGGAGCCGUCACCAAAAGGUCUACCCACGGCGGCCAGCCGUCGGACCAAGCGAGAGGUGCCAGGCACUGUGAAGCAGACCAAUCAACAUGGCGGGGCAGCUGUCUUAGUCAGUAAACGCCAGAGCAAGCCAGUAAAGCAGAAGAAGGCGGCAGUGGAUCCGUCUCCAGCCUCAGCCGAAGUACGAGUCGAUAUCGAUGGGCGGCUCGAGGUCGUGGACCCGAAUGAAGAGCGAUACUGCAUCUGUGGCGAUGUUAGUUACGGCGAGAUGAUCUGUUGUGAGCUGGACCCAGAGUGCGAGUUUGGAACGUGGUUUCACAUGGACUGUGUGGAGCUUGCGGAGAUGCCAGGACGGACCACAAAGUGGUACUGUCCCGGAGAUCGAAAGAAGUAUCACAAGGGCGAGAAUACCAAUGGUUUGGUUGGGCGUGGCAUCAGACCCUAG